AUGUCGAAAAUACUAAGUUGCUUAGCACUUAGCAUAUAUUUCCCACUCACAUAUUAUUUACCUUCCAAAUUUUUGCCUUGCCUGGAGCACAUGAUUAAGUAUUCUUCUUGGGAGAAGUGUGAGCAAAUUAAGUUUGAAAAUAUGUUAAUUGUGUCCGGUUUGGUCGGCGUCAGUGGGUUGUUGUGGGUAUCAGCGAAUUACGGAGAAUUCCACUUUCUGUUCAACUGGAUUAUUGUCACUUUUGAGUUAAUAGUGUUUGAGAUUUGUUAUAUGGCUUAUGCUAUUAUUCUAUCAAAAAAUCAUUUAUGGAAAUAACACAUAGCUUUCUGGUCGUCAGCUUUAUUUUCGUUACACGUUCUGGUAGCGAAAAAGAUUGUUAAAACCCACUUGAUCGAAAACAUUUUCAGAGUGGUCCCUGGUAACACUGAAUAG